AUUGUGAUAUGGUAAAAGAUUGAUCUGAUCACCCGGAUUAAACAAUUUAAUUAAGCAAGUUCUUGGAAUGUUUAGUUCGAAGUUUGGAGUCUUUGCAAAAAAAAAGUCACGCAGCGAGACGUCUCCACCGAUUUCUGAGGCUACGCAUUUUUCGAGUGCGCAACACCCAGCGUGUCUUCCGCUUCCUCGAGUGCAAUCUCCCUUUAAGGCUGAGCUUGGAGUGUGCCAGUGGAGUUUGUGCGCCACCUUGCAGCUCAUUGGAUGAGUGCGAGGAGCCGGGAAAAGGGAAGGGUUUCCUUUCCUACGUUGCUUGCACGAAUUUAGCGAAAGGCAUUGGGCCAAACCAAAUCCAGACCAUCUCUUGAGACAAUAGCCGGGUGCGAGGAAUUUGUUACUUCCGCUUCGGGUCAGUGUAGCCGGUGCAAGUGUGAAGUAGCUGCAUUCGCUGGACUCGGAGUUCUCAGGCACAGAUCGAGAUGGAAGACGACGGGCACAAGCUUAUCCGCAGCUGUGCGCUGUCAAUCCCGUAUCGCUCAUUGGCACCAUUCCGGAUGCAGCCGUCUUCAGAGCAAAGUUUUGUGGAGCCGCUUAUGAUGUCAAACUACAAACGUGCAACUUUAGAAGAUGAUGAUGUCACAGAUGCCACGACAGAAGGAAAUGCCUCACCAGAAAGCAUUGAGGUUGGGUUUAGAAAAGGUAAAUCGCUUUCUCUGGGGCCAUUUGGAAGAAGAACACAGCUGGAACUGACCUUGUUAGUUGUCUUGUUGGUUGUGGUCAUGGCCCUGCUUGGUUGUAUAAUUACUCUAGUAAUAAAGAAUACCCAAGAUCCUUCAAAUAUAUAUUGUCUGACUGAAACGUGCAUUACUGUGGCUGCUAAAAUAACAGAAUCCCUGGACCGUACAGUGGACCCUUGUCAUGACUUUUAUCAAUAUGCGUGUGGUGGAUGGAUAAAGAAAAACCCACUGCCAGAUGGAAGGUCACGUUGGAAUACUUUCAAUAGCCUGUGGGACCAGAACCAGGCGGUCAUGAAGCACUUAUUAGAAAACACCACUCUUAACUCAAGCAGUGAGGCAGAGCGGAAAUCCCAACACCAUUAUCUGUCCUGCCUGAAUGAGCAAAGAAUUGAAGAGCUGGGAGCACAACCUUUGAUUGACCUUAUUAAUAGGACAGGAGGCUGGAGUAUCACAGGUCCUUGGGAUAAAGACAACUUCAUUGAAGUGCUGAAAAUAGUUUCUGCAACAUACAGGACAAGUCCAUUUUUCACAAUUGAUAUUGGUGCAGACUCUAAAAGUUCCAACAGCAAUAUCAUCGAGAUCGAUCAACCAAGCUUGAUUCUUCCAUCUCGUCAUUAUUACCUAAAUAAAACAGCAAAUGAAAAGGUACUGACUGCGUAUCUGGACUAUAUGGUUGAACUGUGUGUGCUUCUGGGAGGGGAAUACAAUUCAACAUGCACUCAGAUGAAGCAAAUAUUGGAAUUUGAAACUAUUAUUGCAAACAUCACAGGUCCCCAGGAUGAACGUAGGGAUGAAGAGAAAAUAUACCACAGGAUGACCAUUGCAGAUUUACAGAAUUUAGCACCUGUCAUUGAUUGGUUGGAUUAUUUAUCAUUUGAAAUGGCACCUCUGGACCUGAAUGACACAGAACCUGUAGUUGUCUAUGCCAAAGAAUAUCUGCAGUUGAUGUCUGACCUUAUUAAUAAUACUGACAAGAGCAUUUUGAAUAAUUACAUGAUGUGGAAAUUAGUACACAAAACAGCAGCCAACUUGGAUCAGCGGUUUGAAAAUGCAAAUAAAAAAUUUAUGGAGGCUCUACUUGGAACAAAAAAGUCCUGUACUCCUCGAUGGCAGACCUGCAUUGCAAACACAGACGACACUCUAGGAUUUGCCUUGGGGGCUUUGUUUGUAAAGUUUACAUUUGACAAAGACAGCAAAGUAAUAGCAGAGGAGAUGAUCAAUCAAAUUCGAACAGCAUUUAAAGAGGGCCUGGAAAAGCUGACGUGGAUGGAUGAUAAGACCCGCCAAGCUGCUGAGGAAAAGGCUGAUGCCAUUUAUGACAUGAUUGGUUUUCCGGACUUCAUUUUAGAUAGCAAGGAAUUGGAUGAAGUUUAUGAUGGUUAUGAAGUAUCAGAGGAUUCAUUCUUUCAAAAUAUGCUGAAUUUCUACAACUUUUCGACCAGGGUUAUGGCUGACCAGCUUCGGAAAACACCAAACCGCGAACAGUGGAGCAUGACACCUCCUACCGUUAAUGCAUAUUAUGUACCAACAAAAAAUGAGAUAGUCUUUCCUGCCGGUAUUUUGCAAGCACCAUUCUAUGCCAGAAAUAGUCCAAAGGCUCUGAACUUUGGUGGCAUUGGAGUGGUGAUGGGUCAUGAAUUAACACAUGCCUUUGAUGACCAAGGCAGAGAACAUGAUAAGGAUGGCAACUUACGACCAUGGUGGCAAAAUUCUUCACUUGAAACUUUUAAGAAUAAAACUGCAUGUAUGAUCAACGAGUACAACCAGUACACUGAAAAUGGAGAACAUAUCAAUGGAAAGCAGACACUGGGCGAAAAUAUUGCAGACAGUGGAGGCCUCAAAGCUGCGUAUCAUGCUUACAAAGCUUGGGUGAAACAGAAUGGAGAAGAGAAAAUACUGCCUGCUCUUGGACUGACCAACCACCAACUCUUUUUUGUAGGAUUUGCACAAGUGUGGUGCUCAGUGCGUACGCCAGAGAGUGCACAUGAAGGCCUUAUUACUGAUCCGCACAGCCCAGAUAAAGUUCGUGUUAUUGGAGCAUUAUCAAAUUCCAAAGACUUUGCUGAACAUUUCAAUUGUCCCUCGGGAACUCCAAUGAAUCCCGGAAAACAGUGUGAGGUGUGGUAGUUGUGGAUGCCUAAUGUUGGAAUUUUACACUGGAUAAUCUCUACAGAAGAUUGGAACAAAAAUACACUGCAACACUGAUCCAGGAGGAAAUUAUAAUAAAAGAAGACGUACAAUAUAUUGUGCACUUUUAUAACUAAAAUGUUAAGAAUACUAAAUGUUAUAAACACAUAGUACAUGUCUUGUGUAUCACUAGCCUGUGGGAUACAAAGGCUAACCUAUUAAAUGGGAGAACAGUUUAUAGCUGCUUUUUGAGGAAAUAAAGUGGAAUAAAUUGAUGUAUUUUAGAAAAUCUACAUGAUCCAGGGGAUGGGCUGUAGAUACAAGCUUAUUUCCUACGCAGAUUGAUAGUGUCCAUAUCAUUACAGAGUACCUUGAAGCUGUGCUUUUUUAAUUGAACUGAAAUUUUUAGCUUGUUUGGCACACUUAGGGAUAGAUUUUGAAAUAUUUUAUGCUACAAGUUUUAAUCUAAUUGAGCAAUGCCAUUCAAAAACCAAAAUAACAAAAUAAAUCAUACUUGUUCCCUGUGAAUUCGAUAUUACGGUUGAAACUGAAUAACCAUCUAGUGCUUCAUGCAGACAUUCUGUAUUUUAUCUAUUGUUACAGUGGAAGAGUGUAUGUUCUGAAUCCCACUUUCUCAUUACCUGUCCUUGCUAAUACAGCAACAAAGAAAGUUUAAACAUACUGCUGGUUUGCAUAACUGUGGUAGUGGAAAGAUCACAGGUCUUGGUACAAGUGCUCAAUUUCAGAUUAUGAUAAAACAGAAAAGAAAAUUCUGUAUUUAACGGUAAAGUUGAGGCACAUUUAGUGCAUAAUGUAAGAAUUUUACUUUACUGACGUAACAGCUGAAAAUGAAUCACAAUCUUGGAUACAGCUAAAACAUCAGUCUAAUCUGUGCAAGGUAUAAUCUCACAUUUUUAAAUGCUGUAUGAACAAAAUAUUAAGAAUGGGAAUGCAACCAAAAUAACAACUUUUUUAAAGAAUACUGCAAUUUUCAGUUUAAGAUCAGGAUGAUGGAAAAGGAUUUUGAAGAGUAGGAGGCAAUGGAGAGUGAUAGUUUUUUUUAAAAUAUCAAUAUACAAGGAGACAAACACAAGUGGAAAAGUUUAAAGAUGAAUGAGGUAUUUAAUGUUACUCUGCCAGCCAGACCCAUUCAUCAGUCACAGCUGACAAUGCGCAUGAGUAUCACCAGUUAUCUCCUGUAGUGUUAUGUACAACACUUUAUGAUAAGCUUUGGAACUUCUGGCAGCAAUCAAGAGAGCAGCUAAUUUUUAAGUACCAAGGGUCAACAAAAGUAAAUAUUACAUUAUGUUAUAGACAUUAUAAAGAUAGUUCAAAUGAUGUUAUUGAAAAGGAAUACCUAGGUAAUACGUGUGGGCAAAGAUAGCUAUGUAAGAAGUGGUCUUUUGUAAUUAAUUCAGAAUCUUAUACAUCACAGCUUAGAUGUGGCUUUUAAGCUUGUAAGAGCUACCUUCAAGUCUAUAUUAGAGUAGAUACUUGUCGGUUACCUCUUCCUCUUAUUCCAGUGCCUUUGUGUAACUUGCCCUUGGAAUAUGGAGAGUCAUGAGUGAUCUUAACUGGAAUUAUCCUUUAGUGAAUUAUAGUAUCCUUUACCUACAAGGUUACUGGUCCUCAUUUUUCUUCUGCCGUGGCUGUGGAGAUUUAAAUCGUAAUUGUUCAUUAUGUAUUACCUACCCAAUGCUUUGGUCAUCAUGUCAAUAAUGUUUAAUGUUAAUUACUUAGGAUAUUGUCUAAUUUUGCUGCUAAAUACUUAUUUCUAAAGAACCAAAGAUGUAUGACAUCAAACUGAUUGGCUGUGUGCAUCAAAGGAAUGGUGGAGGGCCAAGAAUAAGCAUUAGAAAUUCAGGACAUUAAGAUCCUAAAAGGGAUGUCCUGUUUAUACUGAUUACAGAUGGCAUUCAACUUUAAUUUGAAGGACCACUUAGUUGAGACUUCUACCUUUUAUAGGAGAUUCCCCACUUACCCUCCCAACCCCUCCACCCCCUUGCUCUUUAUAGUACUGAGGAGAAAGAGCACAGUAUGCUCCAACACCUCAGGCAAUUUAAAAUAACCCAUAACAGUGCAGAAAAGGCCCUUCAGGGCGAUUGUUGCAUUUUGUCCCGUUCUCUGUGUAUGAACACAUCGCUUCCUGGAAACUUUCUACAAAGGCAUAAACUCACCUCCUGGUUUUAGCUGUGUCAUUAUGGGAAAAUUCCAUUGUAUAGAACAGCUUGUAUAAUCCUGCAGCAUAUCUUGGCUCCUUUGCUCUAGGGGCCAAUAAUGUACUUUUAUGUUCUAGGUAAUUACAAACACUUGCAAAAAGGUUCUAAUUAGUGUUUUUCUUUGGGGGAAGGGAUGGAUGGAUAUACUUAACAGUUCUCUGCUGUGAAAUUAACUGUUUAUAAUCAUAUGCAUGAGUUGCUUGUAAACAAUUCACCACUAUUGGAUAUUCGGGAUCUUCGAUGAACAAGCAAGUUAAAGUAAAUGAAUUUAUUGUGAAAAAUAAUCAGCAAAUCCAGAAAACACUUCCUUGAAAAUUGACAACAGUGGCUGAAGCUCUGCUAGGUACAUAACACAGGGAAUUACCAAAGCUGUAAAUUAGAGAGUGAAUCGGUAAUCAAGUUGCAUCAAACUUGGUAACUAAACCGUGCAUCUGGAGAAGGAAGAAAAGGCUUAAGGGGCUAUAGGUGGGCUUUAUGACUGAGUUGUGACAAGAAGUUCUGAAUUCAGUACUGCAAAGUCUUUAGUGAUUUUUGGCUCAUAAUGUUGAUCUGAUGUUGAGCCCAAGUCAAUCCAUGCCUAAAGUCCUGUACUUUACCAAUGUGAUUUAAUCUAUGCACAGAGCUGGAAACUUGGCAUUCCCCUUUGAACAGUAUGUUGAUGAGCAGAGAUUAGAUGGCAUCAGACUGAAGUGAUACUCAACAGGACUUCAGUGUAGUCAAUGUAAAAUGAAGUGAAUUCAUCAUUAGACUGGAGACCUCCCCACCCUCACUUACCUGCCUCUUCAACCUUUUUCAGAGUCGUAGAGAUGAUCUUACUUUCCUUUCCCUUUUGGAGGCCUUUAUGAAACCCAAGUCUCUUUUCACCAGAAGUUGGCUUUGGUGGGGGAAUCAUCAGGGAUAAAGGUAUCUCGGAAAUAGUUUAUGUGCAUGAUUUUGACAAUCCAUGUUAUUUCCAUUCAAGUUUUCAACCCAAGACAUAACCCCUAAGACUGGUUUUCAGUAUGACAGCUUUCUUCUUCCUCUGCAUGUCCCCUACUCCAUUUUCCAGCACAAUUUGUCAGAACGUGUAUUUGGGUCAAAAUCCUAUGGACUGUGGCCCACUCCCAUGGAACUGUGCCUUAACUUUGUCCCUGAUGGCUAGACUUUCCACCUUAAAAUGUAUUCAGUUUAAUUUUCUAUUUUCCCUAUUGUUAGAAAUCAGAAAAAAAUCCAAAAGGUUAAUUAUUACAACAGAUGACUAUUUUUACUCAUCAAUAUUUUAUGCAAUAGAUAGGUUAGAUGAAAAGCAGAUUGAUUCAGUGGCUAUAUAUAUAUAAAAGGUUUUCUGUUUUCGUUCAAAUAUUAAUGACCUACUGCACUCCUUAACAUCCACUCUUUGAGAUUCAUGCUUGAAACAAAAUCUUUCCUUCAACUCUUAUUAAUUUGUAGACCUAACAUUAUUUUUGGACGUGUAAUUACAUUUUAAGAUACAUUUGAGUGGCUUUUGAAACAUUCUAUGAUUGAAAGACUGAAGUUGAGCAAAUAAUAUAACAGAAAUUGACUUGAUUUAAAAAAAUACUGAACCCAAGAAGGUAAGAAAUACAAGUGGGAGUAGGCCAUCAGCCACUCAAGCAUGCUCUGCUAUUCAUAAGAACAUGGCUGAUCUGAUACUGGCUUCAGCUCAACUUAUUUUGCCUGUUUUCCAUUAUCCCUGUCUCUACAGAUCAAAAGUCUGUCCAUCUUGUCCAUUAGUAUAUUCAAUGAUUUAGCCUCCACAGCUCUUUGAUUUACAACCCUCUGAGAAAAGAAGUUCAUUAUUCCCAAGUAAAAUGGAUAACCCUUAUUUGCAAAACUAGAUUACCCUAUGAAGGAAAAUGUCCUCCUAGCACAUACCACCUUAAGAAUCCUCAGAACCUUACGUUUAAAUAAGGUCACCUCUCAUUCUUCUGAAUUCCAAAGAAUAUGGGCCCAACCUGCUCAAUAUUUUUCAUAAGCUUACCUGUUCCACCCAGGAAUCAACUAUGAAAAUCUUCUGAAUUACCACCGAUGUAAGCAUAUCCCAACUUAAAUAAGGAUACCAAAACUGUACACAGUUUUACACCAAGUGUGGUCAUAUAGCCCUGCAUAGAUGUAGCAAGAUUUUCCUGAUUUUACGCACCAUUCCCUUUGCAAUGAAGGCCUGCAUUCUUGCCUUAAUGAUUACCUGCUGUACAGCCUGCUUUUUCUGUGUGUUUUAUGUGUGAGGAUACCAGAUUCCUCUGUAUAUCAGCAUUCUGUAAUCUCUCUCACUUAUACCAUAUUCUGCUUUUCUACCUACCAAAGCAGAAACUUUGAACCAUUUAAUAGAUCAGUAAGUUUUGAACUAAACACUUUUCAAGAGUGUUUUUGAUUGGUCUUAAGAUCAGAAUGGUAUUAUGAGAGUUUGUGACAUGAUGACUAAGCAACAAAUACCCAAGUUUUCACUGUUUUUUGAAAUACACUAUCAAGAUGUAUUUGAUUUAAAAAAUGUGCUGUUUGUAUUUAACACUAGACAAGCUGAAGAUUUAGAAUAUGUCAUGUUUAUAUGAUUCACUAUCAUACUAAUAGAUGAGACAUUUGAAGUCACUAAUUCGUUACCUCUUUGGGCAAUUAAUCUUUGAAUCCAAGAAAUUUCUUUCUUUUUGAAAAUGUCAUACUGUAAGAAAAGCCUUAUCUUGAAAAAAAUUGUCUGCUUCAACUUCUGUGGAAACACCAAUGUAGAGUGGUAUUAAAGCAGUAUUUAUGUACACAUUAAUAAAGCACUCUGAAUAUCUUAA